AUGGCUUCCAAGAGCAAAACGAAUCUCUCCUCCCCUGAAAGAAAAGGAUGUGGACAGCAGAAUAUCCUGAGAAGGGUAGCCAGUGUGCCUUUGUUCAGCUCUACCUAUGGCAUGGCAGCCUCUGCCUACAGCUCGGCUAAAGAGAACCACCCCUAUGUGAAAUCCUUCUGUGACGUGGCUGAGAAGGGAGUGAAGACCCUCACAGAGGUGGCCGUUGGCAGUGCUCAGCCGGUCCUGACUAAGCUUGAACCCCAAAUUGCAACAGUAAGUGAAUAUGCUUCUAAGGGGCUGGAAACCCUGGAGGAAAAGCUGCCAGUUCUUCAGUUAACAGCUGACCAGGUUGUGUCAAGCACAAAGGGGGCAGUGUCAUCCACCAUGGCAAGUGCCAAGGAUGCCCUUGCCAAUAAAGUGUCUGGAGUUGUGGGCAUGACCAAGGAGGCUGUACAAGGCAGUGUGGAUGCCACCAAGUCUAUCGUCAGCCACAGUCUGAACACUGUUGUGGAGUCCAGAAUGGGCCAGAUAGCAGCUGGAGGUGCUGAGAUGGUGCUUGGGAGAUCUGAAAAGCUGGUGGAUCAGUAUCUCCCCAUCACGUCCCAAGAACUGGCUGAGCUGGCAACAAAUCUCAAGGAAGGAGAUGUGGUUCCUCUGCAGCCACAAGAGUAUCUGGUGCGCUUGGGUGCCCUCUCGGCCAAACUCCGCCACAGGGCCUACCAGCAUUCCCUGGCAAAGAUCAAAGUAACCAGGCAGAGCAUCCACAGCUCUCUGUCCCAGCUUCAGCAGGCGCUUGACCUGAUUGAGCACGCGAAACAAGAUGUGGGCAAAAAGUUGAAUGAGAGCCAAGAAAAGCUCAGCCAGAUGUGGCUGGAGUGGAGCAAGAUGAAUCUAGAUGCAAAGGAUGAAACAGAUGUAGCUCAGCCAGAGGUAGAAGCUCAAACUCUGUCCAUGUUCUACAAGAUAAUCCAGCAACUGCAGGCCACUUGCCAGACGCUGGUGUCCAGCAUCCAAGGGUUCCCUUCCAGCCUGCAGGAUAAAGUGGAACAAGUCCGCCAAAGUACUGGCGACCUCCAUACUUCGUUCUCAGCCGUUGGCUCCUUCCAAGAACUUUCCGGCACCCUCCUAGCCCGGAGCCGGCAUCAGGUGCUGAAGGCCCAAGGAUACAUGGAUGAGCUCUUUGACUACGUCGUCCAUAAUACCCCCCUCUCCUGGCUGGUGGGCCCCUUUCUGCUCUGUGGCAGGCCACCUGCAGAAAUGGCCGAUUCAGCCAAGUGA